AAAUAAAAAUAUGUAAAUGUCGAGCAGUGCACACCAGCUAAAGCAUUCAGUUUGACUGCACGAAUGCUCAUCAGUCGCUCACCAUACUUGCCGAUGGAUAGCUUGACCGCUGACAGUAACGCUACAUGACGAAAACCAUUUUCGAAAAAAACAUUAAAAACCGCAGCUAAAAACGUCACAGUGUGAUUUUUAUUUUAAACGCGUACGAUAGCCGAAAGAAAGCUUUUUCUACCUAACGACCUUACGUUUUGUGGCGGGUGGUGGUUCCCAUUCACCUUGUGCGCAAAGUUACCUGGAGACGGUGCGGUGGUAAUGUUGCUUAGUAGUGGCUAACGGUUAAAGCCGAAGCAUAUGACAUGCCAACAAGUACGACGCAAAACAGCUGAAGCGCUCACAAACACUGCGGCGUGAGCAAAUUCUUUCCUAAUUGUGUACAACCGUGUGUGUGCACGCUGACUUGCCAUGCAAUCAUGUUGACACUAAUGACCGCGACGGGUGUACCUGUUGGAGAAAUGUAUUUCUAUCUACCAGUUGAUAUCUAAUGUACAUUUUUUACUAAAGAAAAUACCACACACCCAUACACAUACACAAGUAAUCAGUGUGAUUUCAAUGAGCAAACAUUCUAUGAUUCGCAUGUAUAUGUGUAUGUGUGACAGUUGCUGCUUUGUAAAUCCACACAUUGUUGCGUCGUCUAUUUGCCAGUGGCAUGCAACGCAGGUCAUUAACGCAUAUCUAAGUGCAAAAGAACAGACGUCGCGAAGGCGGAUAGCGCGCGUGACACGAAGUAGCAAAUAAUAAUGAGAAAAUCAUAUGAAAUAAAUUGAAAGAAGUGUGUGCAGAGGACAGUGAUUUUCCCACAAAUGCAAAUUACGAUAAACAAAAUAUUAUAUAAUAUGAAUAUAUACAAUACACGUGCAACAUUUCCAACACACAUACAUACAUACAUAUGCAAAUCGAAAGUCAAAUUCCAAAAUAGUUUGUACAAAAAGUGUCAUCCAACGCCUACAACUAGACUAUAACUAGCAACGGUUUCAAAAUAAACAAUUUAGUUCGCAUGCAAAUUACAGUUAAGAACAACAAACAAUAAUAACGAAGUAGCUAUUACAAAAUAUUGCCGUUUAUUAUGCAUACAUAUGCGCAUGCAUUCAAAUGUGUGGAAGCGUUCAUACAAUCGGUUUGUCAAUUAUUUAGUCAGCUAGAAGCUACGUCAAAAUAUAAGCGAAAAAUAUGACAAGCAAAACGUCAAUUAAUGUCAUGCAGCGGCAUCUGCUGACAAUCGAAAAGCUACGCAAUCGAGUUCUCGAAUCGAAUGUCAACCAAAUGAUGGACGAUGUGAAGAGCUUCAAUGAGGAGCUACUUGAAGUGCAGCGCUUAGAUGCGCUAAUCAGCGCCUUACGCGAUUAUAGCGGCCCAACAAUAUGCCACGAAUGGCCCUAUCCACUCAUAUUCAAAGGCACCGUCGACGAUGCAGAUGUCGCACAAAUUCUCAAUGGCAGAAUGAAAGUAGACAAAACUAACAAUAACAAUAUAAAUGAGCGGAAUAUCAAUUGCGAAGUGAGACGCAAGUCUACGAUGCAAACUUCAAGAAAUCAUCAGCUUAGUAAUGAAGUGAUUUAGCAUUUAAUUAUUAGUGUAAUAUUCUCUAAUUUAAUGGUUAGCUUUAGGCUUUGGCUCCUAAGAUACAAACCAAAUGCAUAAAAGUAUUAAGACAUGUAAGCGUUGAACAUAGUUAUACAAAAUAAUGCUUGUAAUACAAAUUUACAAGUAUAUAGAAUUAUAAGUACAGCCUUCUUUAAGGUCAUACAUAUCAUGGAAUAUGUUUGUAAAACGAAAGAAUUCAAUACCUAGAGUAGAGUAGUCUGUAUAUACCUAUAUAAUAUAUGUAUUUUAAGAUUAGCCAUACCUACUUUGUACUGUUAAGAAUGUCAAUGAAGUUUUGCCACUGAUUUAAAGUUUAUGUUGAGAUUAUUUUACUAGUAAAUACAGACUUUGAGAAAUUUCUGACUUCAAUAUAUUUUACUCGAUACACUUGAA